CACACGCUUCCUUAUCAGUCCUGACGACAACGGGAUCCCGAAUCGCCGACGUCGCUCGUCGUACCCACAUACGCCGCACUAUACACACCGAACGGUCUCCGCUCGUCAGCGUCAUAGUCGCCCGCCGCAACGGCGUACACUCACCACGUCCGAGACGACGACCCCCGACCCGAUAUAAUAUUGUUUUUUUUUUUUACCGUUCGCCGUAGUAUUAGAUCUUGCGAGUCCCGUCGAUCCCGUCGCCGCCGCUGUCUCUACUCUGUCCGGUACACGGGAGCCGGCGAAUCCUUCGCGACACGCUCGGUCUGCGUCGUCCCGAAGAAAGACUUUUCCUCGAAACGGUCGCUAUUGUAAGUCUGUUAUCGUCGCGUUACCGGCAACGGCGUUCCUCCGCAUCGUACCUACCGGCGCCCACACACCACUACGGCGCGGCGGGAAAACGAUCCAUCAAAAAUUAAACCGUUUUUGAGCAAGGGAGCAGCUGGCGGAAUGUUCUGCUAUCAUUGCCCAGCGCCCCCAUUACACCCUACACCAUCGACACGGAUACCAUCAAUCGACUAUCCGUUUUCGUCGUCACAUCCAUACACUAGUUAUUCGUAUCAUCCUGCAAUUCAUGAUGAUUCAUUUGUUAGACGUAAACAAAGAAGGAAUCGAACUACAUUUACACUACAACAGCUCGAAGAACUGGAAACGGCAUUUGCUCAGACUCACUACCCUGAUGUAUUUACAAGAGAAGAUUUAGCGGCUAAAAUUCAAUUGACCGAAGCUCGUGUUCAGGUCUGGUUCCAAAAUCGUAGAGCGAAAUGGAGAAAAGCCGAACGACUGAAAGAAGAGCAAAGAAAACGAGAAGAACACGACAGGACUGGUUCAUUACAAGAACAGCUGGAUCAUAUGGCAAAAGAUAUGCAACAUUCGCCGUCCACAAAAGCUAAUGCAUUAGAAGGUGAACCCAGAGACGACGGGCAUAGUGGCAGCGAACCAGACGAAGAUGCCCGCACCAGUACAGUUCACAUAUCUGACCGAAGCGAAUCACCUGCCAGCUGUGGCAUGAAUGGUGGCCCAGACGAUAGGCCAACGUCGCCGUCUCCACCAGGAGGGAAUGGAGCCGUUGUGGUACCAGAUUCGCCGACGCCAAGCCUAAGUCCUUCGCAAAUCCGACCACCCAUCAGUGUAGCAACGUCGACAUUCAAUCAUUCAAUAUUUACUCCAUUCUCUUCUGAAGGAAAUGGAUUCAGACCGGUAUCUGACCCUGCUAUAUCCAGACCAAUAUUCCUUCCGCCUCAUUUUGGAUCAUUACCAUCGCCGUUAUUCAGUGGUCUCAAAGGGUUCGGAUGCAGCUGUUGCACAAUGAAACCGUUCGGGUCGAUGGCCGAUGGAGGCGGCGGCAGCGGCGCUGAGCAUCGCUCGUCUAGCGUGGCCGAGCUGCGGCGUAAAGCUCAGGAACACUCGGCCGCACUGUUCCACAGCCUGCAGCACGUGGCCAACAUGCAGCAUCACGCGGCCGCGGCCGCCGCGCUCCAGUUGCCCGUUGGUCUCGGACUCCAGUUGCCGUCGCUCACGUCCACAUUGCACGCGCUAGCCGCCAACCGGAAACCGGAACCGCAAAUGCCGCACCCGCAACCGCUGUCGCUGACCACGACCAGCACUACCACCACCGCAGCCACGACGGAACAGGCCACUUCGGUAUCGCCGCAACAUCCACCGACGUCGUCCGACAACUGAAUUGCGCGAGACCGGUCCAAGUCCAAGACCUAAAUUAUUGGAGUGAUCUUCACAUUCCCCCGCCAACGCCAAGUCACCAGCAACCGGCGGGGUUCGACACGGCGUGUACUCUUUGCCAUAAUAUUAUAUUAUUAUAAUAAUAGAAUUACUACUACCACUAUCGUAAGUUGUCAGUAUACGAAAUUAUUUAUUACGAGUGCAUAUUGUACCGGACGUGUAUGUGUGGAGGAUUCGUUACGAUUUCAAAUUGGCGACUACAGUCAAUAAUAAUUCUCCAGAAACAUCCAAAAAUAUAACAUUGUAUAUAAUAUGCAUGUUAUGCGCAUGAAACCCACUGCCGACAGGCUUGCAGAUUUGCAUCGUUUGUACAGUAAAAUGACAUCGAUUAAAAUAAUAUUAUAUUAUUAAUCGAUACGUUAACUUAUAAGUCGAUUUCUGUUUGUUUUUUUUUUUUUUGUUUUCGUUUAUCUUUUUUUUUUAAAUAAUUCGUCUGAUAAAUGUAUCUCUCUCAAUCUAUCUAAUUAUAUUAAACAAUAUUAUUAUAUACAGUCUUCAUUUUCUCAUUAUAUACGUCUUUCUAGUAUUAUAGUUACGUAUUAUGAUUAUUAUUAUUAUUAUUAUUAUUAUUAUAUAUACACACACGUGACGUUAAUUUACGGAUAACAUAUUUAUACUAAGUGUAGGAAAACUAUUAUUAUUACGUGAGUCGUGAUUUAUGUUAAGUAAAAAAUAUUAUCAUGAAAAAAAAAUUAGAAAAUGGCGUCAGCAAUAGCAAAUAUGUUUUUUGUUUUUUAAUGUUUUCGUUUAAUUCUUAGGUGUAUAGAAAAAUUAACUUAAUUCGUAAUUAGGUAUAUUUUACGUGUCACGUAAUUGAAAAAAAACGACACAGCAAUAUAGUAAGCAUAUUCAAUUAAGCAAUAUAAUAUGAUAUAUUUCCAAUCAUUUAUUGUAAUUUUUCAUGACGUUACAGUAUACCUUAAUAUAUUAUUAUACAUCGCUAUACCUAUAGUAGUUGUUCAAAUUGUUACCUUCUAUACGUUUGGUUGCAUAUAUUGUUUUAAUUAGACAUUUUCAAUGUAUGUAUUAUAAGUGUGAAGUAUUAUUAUAUUAUUCUAUAUAUUAUUA